AUGUUCGCUGCUCGUCAGUCCUUCAACCUUUUCCAGAAGCGUAGCUUCUCCGCUUCUUCCAGCCAGCUUUCCAAGGUUGCCGUCCUCGGUGCCGCUGGUGGUAUUGGCCAGCCUCUCUCCCUCCUCCUCAAGCUCAACCCCCGUGUCACUGAGCUUGCUCUCUACGAUAUCCGCGGUGGACCUGGUGUCGCCGCUGAUCUGAGCCACAUCAACACCAACAGCACGGUCACCGGCUACGAGCCCACUGCCUCUGGCCUCCGUGAUGCCCUGAAGGGCUCCGAGGUCGUCCUCAUCCCUGCCGGUGUUCCCCGCAAGCCCGGCAUGACCCGUGACGACCUGUUCAACACCAACGCCUCCAUCGUCCGCGACCUUGCCAAGGCUGCCGCCGAGGCUUCCCCCGAGGCCAACAUCCUCGUUAUCUCCAACCCCGUCAACUCCACCGUCCCCAUCGUUGCCGAGGUCUUCAAGUCCAAGGGUGUCUACAACCCCAAGCGUCUCUUCGGUGUCACCACCCUCGACGUGGUCCGUGCCUCCCGCUUCAUCUCCCAGGUCAAGAAGACCGACCCCGCUGGCGAGGCCGUCCCCGUUGUCGGUGGUCACUCCGGUGUGACCAUCGUCCCCCUCCUCUCCCAGUCCAACCACCCCGAGAUCGAGGGUACCACCCGCGAUGAGCUCGUCAACCGCAUCCAGUUCGGUGGUGACGAGGUCGUCAAGGCCAAGGACGGUGCCGGCUCCGCCACCCUCUCCAUGGCCAUGGCCGGUGCUCGCUUCGCCGAGUCCCUCCUCCGUGCCUCCCAGGGCGAGAAGGGCAUCGUUGAGCCCACCUUCGUCGACUCCCCUCUCUACAAGGACCAGGGAGUUGACUACUUCGCCUCCCUCGUCGAGCUCGGCCCCAACGGUGUUGAGAAGAUCAACCCCGUCGGCCCCGUCAACGAGUACGAGCAGAAGCUCGUCGAGACCGCCCUCGGUGACCUCAAGAAGAACAUCCAGAAGGGCCGUGACUUCGUUAAGGCUAACCCUUAA